ACUUCCGGGUUAUCGGUGUCGAUCGGGUUUUAGUAGCGAUUGUGCUUGUAUGUUUCAGUUGUUCACAAGUUGUAUUCGCUGACAGAAUUGUCAAAUUAUUUUACUUUUGUGUAUUGUAGAAUAAUUUACCCCCACAAUGACGGAGGAUGUCCAGAAGCACUCGGUCCACACGCUGGUCUUCAGGUCUCUAAAACGGACCCAUGACAUGUUUGUGUCCGACCAAGCUAAGGGCAUCGCUCAGGAUGAAGAAAGCCAUAAACUGAAAAUGGGUGUGAAGCUAAAGGUUGAGUACGCUCCAGUUUUGCACAUGCCCAUUUUGAAAGAGGGGAAAGAACGAGUGUCACAUUUUCCUGACAGCCUGCAAGGCCAUCAGAGCUACGCCCAUGCAGGUGAUGACCCAGAGUACCUGAUUACAGGGACACAUGCGUAUCCCUCUGGACCUGGAGUGGCGCUGACAGCCAACACAAUGGUGCACAGGAAUCCCAGUGAGGGGGGAGUGCUCUCCAUGGCGCUGGCUUUACCGCCCUCACAAGCAAGGCUGGACGCCAGCCGCACUGCAGCCAGCGUUGCAGAGAUCCAUCGACAUGCAGGAGGAGCAGAAAGAGUUCACCCUCAGUCCACUGCUAUAGCAGCCAUGAUGCAACCAUCAGACUGUGGGAUCUGAUUGCCGGAAAGACCAGAGCAACUCUGACAAACCACAAGAAGUCUGUGCGAACUCUGGUGCUGCACCCCAGACAAUACACGUUUGCCUCAGGAUCAGCUGAUAACAUCAAGCAGUGGAAGUUUCCAGACGGCAGCUUUAUCCAAAACCUGUCGGGUCAUAACGCCAUUAUCAACACUCUCGCAGUGAACUCUGAUGGAGUGUUAGUGUCUGGAGCCGACAAUGGAACCAUGCACAUGUGGGACUGGAGGACGGGCUACAACUUCCAGCGGAUUCACGCAGCUGUGCAGCCCGGGUCUCUGGACAGCGAGUCGGGAAUCUUCGCCUGCGUGUUUGACAACUCCGAGAGCCGACUGAUCACCGCCGAGGCCGACAAGACCAUUAAAGUUUACAAAGAGGACGACAUGGCUACCGAAGAGACCCACCCCGUCAACUGGAAACCAGAAAUCCUUAAGAGAAAAAGAUUCUGAAACGUGUGUUCUUGUCACAGCUGCAUUUUUUUGUGUGUGUGUUUCUGCUGUUCACUCAACCAGCAGGUUUUAGUUGUUACUUCUUUUUUUUUUUUUCUAAAAACCAGUCCUCGUUGUGCGACUUCAGUUCUGUAAGGUGAAGCUGCCAGCACCUUCUCAGAGGGUUUCUCUUGAUGACUGCUUCUCUCUGAUGGCUCUUGUCGUUCUGAUCCACCGUGUAGAUUCAGACUUCAUUCUUACUGGCAGCAGAGAAAAUACAGUUCGUGUUGCUGUAGUAGAAUCUGUACAGACAUAAAAACAAACAACUUUUGUUCCCAUUUAAAAGGUGAGGAUUAUUAUGCUCCAUUUUAAUAAA